AACAACAUCUACAAUGGCCAGAUCCAUCACCAAAAAGAACAAGUGCUCCAGAGGACAUCAAAGCCCAAUCUCCAAAAAGAAAUCACAUUCCAGCACUGAUUUUGGCCAUAGAAAUUAUUCACUCUACGUUAACAGGGUCCUAAAGGAAGUGGUUCCCCAGAGGGGCAUAUCAUCUCGCACCUUGGACAUCAUGAACACCCUGAUCAACGACAUCUUUGAGCGCAUUUCUAUGGAAGCCUGCAGCCUGAUGUGUUUCAGAAAACGCUGUACCCUCACCCCUGAAGAUAUCCAGAAGGCAGUGUACCUGCUGUUGCCUGGGACACUAGCUAAGUAUGCAGUGGCUUUUGGAAGUGAAGCUGUCCAAAGAUAUGUCCACUCCUAAACUCCGUGUACCAGCGUAAUUAAAUCUUGGGGAAAGUAAAUCAAACUUACUACCCAAACGAUCACUUC